AUGAGUGCACCGCCGCCCACGGUGCCCUCUGUCCUCCUUCCUGAACUCAUUGGCUUUGUUCCGCAAUUCUUACUCGAUGAUGUCAUCAACUCCGCCAACGAGGCGACACAGCAAGCGGUGGAUGCCAUGGAGGCAUUCCUCGAGAGGAGAGACGCUGCCCGUGACGACGCCGACGCCUGGAAGAGCGCAGAGGAGCUUGAAAAGGGACUUAAUGCCUUCCAGACGCUACUGGAGUCUCACGUAGACAUCGCGUUCGACUUCUUCGAAGCAUGGUCUCUGCGCAACAUCUUCGCCAUCCCCGCCGACCUGCCCAUCGUCGCGCCGCACCAGAAGGGGCUCAAUCUUGAGGAGCCGGAGGAGAAGGAGACAGAGCUAUUGCAAGAGAUCAAGGAUCUGCGCAGGCAGAUCCAGGUCCAACGAAAGCUCCGCCGCUUGUACAGCCACGCUGUCCGAGCCUCCGCUGCACAACUCGCCCAUUCGAAGUCUCGCCUAGAGCGCCUUUCGUUCUUGCGCGCGCCUCAACUGCAAGCACUCCUCGCACUCUCCGGCGAAUUUCAAUCCAUGUACAACUCCGUAUCUUCUCUCCCUCUACUCGACCCGUCGUUUACCGCGCCCGAACAAGCCGGCCCGUCCGAACCAGGCAAGCGGCCCUGGGAGACCAACAAGACAGGAUAUAUCAACUGGGCGGUGGAGCAACUCAUGCUUCGCGCCAAGGAGAAGGCGAAGGGCGAAGGUGGUUUCGGCGAGGGAAGCUCUGCGGUCGGCGCUGUCGCUGCCUCUGCAUACGGUGUCGGGAGUGCGGACGACGUGAAAGCCGUGCUGGAGUUGACAGGUGGAAGCGAAGCCUUGGCAGGUCUCGAAGGACGGCAGAGUCAGGAAGAGCAGAUGGAUACCCAGUGA